CCCCGGCCCCGGCCUCCCUCACUCACCCGCCCGGGCCCACGCUGGCCAGGGCACCGGGCACUAGACAGGCCGCAGCUGCCCCGGGCCCAGGCGCUGCCGGCGGCCAUGAGUCAGCCCGAGCCCGACAGCCUCGCCGACGUCCAGGAGGCCGAAGUACAGGCCCUCAACGCCAUCUACGGCCGCGACUUCACGGACCACAGGGACCGCGACCCCUGGAAGGUGAAACGUCCUCCUGAAAUCUGUAUUGUGCUGCAGCCUCAGGGAUUGCUCAACGUUGAAGAGAGCCACGUAGCAGUCGACCUGCAUGUCACCUGCCCGCCCAAUUACCCAGACAUACCUCCAGAAAUUGAACUGAAGAACGCAAAAGGCCUGUCAAAUGCAAAGCGGAACCAGUUGCAGUCGGAGCUGGUGACUCUAGCCAAAGCUUGCUGUGGAGAGGUGAUGAUAUAUCUCCUGGCGGAAUACGUACAGUCAUUUCUCAGUGAAAACAACAUUCCUCCCUCCAAGUCGUUUUAUGAGGAGAUGCUGAAGAACCAGCAAGAGCAGCAACAGCGCCGCGCACUGGAGCAACAAAGCAGGAUGGAGGAGAUAAAGAAACACGAAGAGAAAAUGCAACGUGAAAUCCUCGAAGAGAUCGAGAAGCGAAAAGAGGAAAAGAAAGAUGCCAGGAAACUGAAUCAAAUGGCCAAACAGGAAUGGUUAGAAAGUGCCCAAGAAACAGUUCCCGCGAACGCUUCCAGAAUUGCUGCCUUAAACCCGCAGCCGAAUGCCAGUUUGAACAACAGCGCAAUGGACCAGGUCACCCACAAGAAGGGAGGAAACAGCCGUCGCAGAACAAGUUCCAAUGGCCGUUUGAAGAGAGAACGGCUAUUUUCUGAAUGCAGUAAUGAAGACGGUUCUAAAAUACACAAAGUGAUACAUUUUAACACGGGAUCGAUUGUCCAUGUGGGAAAGGUUGUCGGUGAGAGUGAACAUCUGAGCCGAACUGUUUACAAUGCUUUGGAAGAAUUGACAGGGGAUUUUGUGGUGAUCUACGAAUGGGUUCUUCAGUGGCAGAAGAAGAUGGGAAAAUUUCUCACCAGUGAAGAGAAGGACAAAAUCGAAAAAUGCAAAAAGCAGAUACAAGGCGCAGAAACUGAGUUUAGCUCCUUGAUGAAACUGAGCCACACUAACCUGGUCCGCUACAUGGCAAUGAGCUGGAGAGAGCGGGAGAACUCGAUCGUGAUCAGCCUGCUAGUGGAGCACGUCAACUGCUCCAGCUUGGCGGAGGUACGGGACACUGGGGCCCCCGCUGCUCCCGCCCAGCUCCAGCAUUACGCAGCACAGCUGCUGGCCGCCCUCGACUACCUGCACGGCAACUCCGUGGUGCACAAGGUUCUCGACGCCUCCAGCGUGCUGGUCGACCUCAGGGGCAACGUCAGGCUGACCGACUACAGCAUCUCCAAGCGUCUGGCAGACAUCUGCAAGGAGGACGUGUUUGAACAAACCAAAGUGCGCUUCAGUGAGAACGCCCUGCCCUACAAGAGCGGAAAGAAGGGGGACGUGUGGAGACUGGGCCUCCUCUUGUUGGCCCUCAGCCAAGGGGUCGCUGUGAAGGAGUACCCAGUAACUGUGCCCAAUAGCCUGCCCGGUGACUUGCAGGACUUUCUCAACAAAUGCGUAUGUUUGGAGGACAAAGUGCGCUGGAGCACCCAGCAACUCCUCCAACAUCCCUUUAUCAAGCCUCCAGUAGUGCGUGCUCCGUCCCCCGGCAGUGAAGACAGCCCAGAAGAUUUGGCCGGAGGAACAGACUGUUCGGAAACUGUUAUCCUCAACAGCCACCUUCUGAAAGCGUCACUCUUCACAGACACCCAGAAACAGCUUUCACAUUAUUACAAAGAGUUUGAGGAGCUGCAGCUUCUGGGGAAAGGUGCCUUCGGAGCUGUAAUCAAGGUAAAGAAUAAAUUGGAUGGUUGCUACUACGCCAUUAAGCGCAUUCUGGUCAAUCCGAGCAGUAAGCAGUUCCGCAGGAUAAAGGGUGAGGUGACACUGCUGUCACGCCUGAACCAUGAGAACAUUGUCAGGUACUACAACGCCUGGAUCGAGAAACAUGAAAUCCAGCCUGCUCCGAGCACAACCGCCGAAAGCGCCCAGCAAACGGCGGAGCCGGGCCCCCCGAAUAAAUGGGGGUCAUCGGAUGAUGUGGAAAAGAAUGCCUCGCCCGCAGUUACGACCAGCUCGGUGGAGUGGAGCACGUCGCUUGAGAGAUCGUCAAGCGCUAAGUGUGGCGACAGGGAGUCGAGUGAUGAAGACGAGGAGGAGGAGGAGGAUGUGUUCUGUGCAUCUUUUCUGCAAGCCAAUAGUGAUUCAGACAGUGACAUUGUCUUUGAGAAUGGCGAUGAAAACAGUGACAUCAUCACCACGGACUUCCGAUCCAUUGACUUCUCAUUCUCUUCUGAACUGAGCAGUGAAGCCACAAGUAAGAAGGAUCCAAACAAUGAGAAAGUAGCGAAAGCAGAGACUGUGCCAGCACCACAAAUUGUGCACUAUUUGUACAUUCAGAUGGAGUACUGUGAGAAAAGCACUCUCCGAGACACAAUCGACCAAGGGCUGUACGCGGACAUCAGCCGCCUUUGGAGGUUAUUCCGAGAAAUCCUCGAUGGACUGGCCUAUAUCCAUGAACAGGGAAUGAUCCAUAGGGAUCUUAAACCUGUUAAUAUUUUUCUCGAUUCCAAUGAUCAUGUGAAAAUAGGAGAUUUUGGUUUGGCCACUGAUCACCUUGCUAACAUGGAAGGUAACAAGAAGGAAGUCGAUGGAAGUGGAUCGUUUGACAUUAUUAAAUCAGACCCAACAGAUCAUUUAACUGGAAUGGUUGGCACUGCCCUGUAUGUGAGCCCAGAGGUUCAAGGCAACGCAAAGGCUACUUACAACCAGAAGGUGGACUUGUUCAGUUUAGGAAUCAUUUUCUUUGAGAUGUCCUAUCAUCCCAUGGCUACUACUUCAGAGAGAAUUUCCGUGCUCUGCAAACUUCGAAUGCCAACAAUUGAUUUUCCUGAAGAUUUUGAUGAAGAACAAUAUUCAAAACAGAGGUUGAUCCUCGGGUGGUUGCUGAACCAUGACCCGGCCAAACGUCCCACUGCCGUGGAGCUGCUGAAGAGCGAGCACCUCCCGCCCCCCCAAAUGGAGGAGUCGGAGCUUCACGAAAUGCUGCACCACACACUGGCCAACAACAGCAGCAAGGCCUACCGAACAAUGCUGACGCAGAUCUUCUCUCAACGCAUCACCCCUGCCAUGGAUUUCACCUACGACUUUGACAUUCAUAAGGGCAGUUUCUCAUUGCAGCACAAUAUGGUGCAGGAGUUUGUCUGGGAGACUGUGUGUCGUGUAUUCAAAAGGCACGGUGCCACUUGGUUAAACACACAGCUAUUUAUGCCAAAGAACAAAAAGUUAUUUGAGAAUUGUGAAGGAGCUUGCUUCAUGGACCAUAGUGGAAUGCUGAUCAUGCUUGCACACGACCUGAGGGUGCCGUUUGCAAGGUUUGUGGCAAGAAACAACAUCACCAAUUUAAAAAGGUACUGUAUUGAAAGGGUGUUCAGACCUCGGAAACGGGACCGCUGCCACCCUAAAGAACUCUUGGAGUGUGCGUUUGAUAUUGUCACACCGAUCACCAGCAACCUGCUGCCAGACGCCGAGGUCAUCCACACCAUUGCCGAGAUCAUCCAGUUGUUCCCUGUGCUGCAGGAGAGAAACUACAGCAUCUAUCUGAAUCACAUCUCCCUGUUGCGAUCGGUCCUGCUGCACUGCGGGAUACCAGAGGACAAACUCCAGCAGGUGUGCAGCAUCCUCUGUGAUUCCAUGACUGGGAAACUGACCAGGCGAGAGAUAGAAGCCAAGUUCUACAAUCUCUCCCUGUCACAAAAUAAUCUCUUGCACCUUUACAAGUAUAUUGAGGCGAAGUUGGACAUUAAGGAACUCAGCAGUUUGUUGACCCCACUGAUGAAAGGGAAGUCGGCAGUUUCUCAGCUGGCGAAGCAAGGCUUUAAGGACCUGCAGGCUGUGAUGGAGCAUCUGACGCAACUUCACAUCAAACAUCAGGUGGUGAUCAAUCUGGGCCUUGUCUACAAGGUGCACCAAUACAGUGGCAUCAUUUUCCAGUAUGUUGCAUUUGUACAUCGGAGACACCGUGUUGUCCCAGAGACUCUCGCAGCUGGAGGGAGGUUCGACAAUCUGAUUCUGGAGUUCCGGGGGCCGCAAGUCACAGGCCCAGUUCCCUCGGCCGUGGGAGUCAGUCUUGCCCUGGAUAAGAUCUCCACGCUUUGCAGCGCCUCAAUGCCACUUGCGAGUUGCCAUUGCAAGGCACUGGUUGUUGCAAUGGGGAAUAUAUUAGUUGACAGAGCCAUCAGGAUCGUCCAGAGGUUGUGGACAGUGGGGAUAAACACCGAGCUUCUCUGUGAUGUCUCCCAGGAGGAAGUUCAGGAGCAUUGCAAACGGACUGGAAUUUCUUAUUCAAUCCUGGUGUCGGAUAAAGAAAGCAGACAUGUGAAGGUGCGGUCGUUUGAAAAAGACAAACUGAUGGAAAAGCGAGUUUUGGAAACUGAUUUGGUUGAACAUUUCUCCCAGAAGCUGCGAUCCGUUGACAAGGGCAGCAGGGAGACUCCGGAGAUACUAUCCUGUGCGGGUCAGGGACUGAAAGGAUCUUUCUGCAGUGCAACAGGAUCGUAUGAGGGCUCAAUUACCCCAAACCUUAAUUUCAUUCCUCCCGACAAGUUAUCUGCCAGCAACAAACAGCGGCAUGCAGAGAAGGUUCUAACAAGACUGAAAACCUUUGUCAGCAACCUGCAGCAGAAAAGCAGUGAAAUUGAAGUUUUAAUGGUGGAUGUGUCGAAGGAAAUGGUGAGGAACUUCUUAAUGCUGAAGUGCGAUGGGGAUGAGGAGAUGUUUAACGACAGUGUCCAAGAGCUGUUCUCACUCCCAACCAAGCCACGCAGCCUCAAGUCCAUUUGCGAUCAAAUCCAUCACUUCAAGUUGGUCAAGAGAGUGUCCAUGCUGGUUCUGUACAGUUACAAGGAUGACUACUACCAAGUUAUGUUCUAGUCAGGCUCCUGCUUCCAAGGUUGUACAGGAGCAUUGCAGUGAGCAGAUGGAACGGAUUCUUGUGAUGCAUUAGGAGUUUCACGAGCACGUUAUGUGGGAGAGCUGGAACGUAGUUUCACAACACUGGGAAUAUUUGAAUCAAAUGUAUCAGUCCAGUGUGUUGUAGAUACACAGCCCUCAUCGUCAGUGCUGCACGAUCAUUGCCAUCCCUGCAAAUUGUUCUCAGCAAUCAUCCCUUCAUUGUGGCUGCUUUCCCCACACAGGCCUUGUGCUCCAGUUUUAUGGAGGCUAUCAAGGAUUCCAUCCUGUACUCUGCUCAGCUUGCAGCGGUUGAACAGUGACGGGGACAGCUCCACGCUGAGUCUUUUCCAGCAGGAGCCACCCAGUCUGAAUAGGAAGUAGCUGCUAGUUCUUCCACAACAUGAAAGUCAGCAUUGGGCUGAACUCAUCCCCAUUCUCUGAGACAUGCCCCAGAUACCCAGACAGUGAUGAUCAUUGCCACACUGAUGCUCGUAUCUUGAUUAUUUCUUCCUUCUAUCAAACAUUGUGUCCUGAGCCAUUUGGGCCCGUCAAGCAGAACAAAAUUACAGCAGCACGACUUGGGACAGAGUGCCUUUUAAAACCACCCGUCCACCUUAUGAUGGGCCAUAUCCAUCCAUGGGUUCUUGUUUGCUGUUUUAUUAAAUAUUGACCAAACAUAGCAACGUGAUCAGCCUGUGCACCACUCAUGAAUAUAUAGAACAAAAAGCUGGAGUAACUCAGCGGGACAGGCAGCAUCUCAGGAGAGACGGAAUGGGUAACGUUUUGGUUCGAGACCCUUCCUCAGACUGAGCUGAUUUAGGAAUCAUUUGCUUUUCAAAGGAGAGUCUUUGGAUCACCAACAAAUCAUGGUAGCACUCGAUUGCACCUAACGAGGCACCCCAAGCUGUGGCCGAUCGCAAGAGCUACUGAGAGGCAGGACAGUUUGACGGGUUUCAAAGCUGCUGUUGCGAGACUCAGCUGCAUUGACAUGGUGGUAGUAACACCUUUGGAUUGCGACUGUCCCUCUAGGAGGCCACGUACUUCUAGUACAGAGAGAGGCCUUGCCUUGCCAGCAAUCCACUACGGUCUGAGCUCAGUUUGUAGAAUUAUGGGAUUUUGCAGAAGUACCGAGGGAAGUAAAACACAGGCUGUCAGCUGCUGGAUAUGUUUUUGCUGUGGAUUGAUUGAGGAUAAACAAAGGUGAAGAAUAUUUUUGAAAGGCCUUGUACAUUAUAGUGACAGAUACAAAAUGCUGGAGUAACUCAGCGGGACAGGCAGCAUCUCUGGAGAAAAGGAGACAUUUCGGAUCAAGACCCUUCUUCAGACUGAGAGUCAGGGGAGAGGGAAACAAGAGAUAUAGACUGUGAUGUAGAGAGAUAUAGAACAAAUGAAUGAAGGAUAUGCAAAAAAAGUAACGAUGAUAAAGGAAACAGGCCAUUGUUAGCUGUGGUCCAGGUGUUACAGAGGGGAUACAAAAGUUACUUGAAGUUAGAGAAAUCAAUUCUCAUAUCGUUGGGUUGAUAGCUGCCCAAGCGAAAUAUGAGUUGCUGUACAUUAUCAUGUUUACUUGAGCUUUUCAUACUUAGUGUUAGUGUUACUGUCACAACACUCAGAGGAACAAGCAAAUACCUACCCUGACAUUCUGACGUGCCCCUCUGGUAACGCUGCUUAUUGUUGCCAUUUUGCCUCGGGGUCCUGUGGUAAGAGCAGUCUCCAGGAAAUCAGUUGUUUACACUUGAAAUUGUGAAAUUCAGUGAUGUAUGUAAAAUGGCUUUUUGUUAUAGACUUGAUGAUCAAUAAAUUGUUUUUCUGCA